AUGAGUUUUAAUAUUGACGAUCCCUUAGCUGGAAUCCUCAGUGAUGGCAGCGAUGAUAGUUUUUUCGAUGACGACAUUCUUGGUAAGAAAAAACCUGCAAAAAAGAAGACGACUCCUACAGCUGAAAAGAAGAAUGCUCUGUUUGAUCUAGGGGAUGGUGAUAAGUCAAAAACAGUAUCGACAGAAGAUAGAAAGGAUUCUCUUUUCGAUUUAGGAAUUGCAGCUUCGAAGAAGAUAUCUGGCGUUGAAGAUGAGAAGCUUCCAGUUGAUAUUCGGUCCCCGGGACCUUUCAAACGAUCUGUUUCCAAAGAAUCCAUUAAAUUUCCAGCGGAGACAAAGAGUAAGUCACUCCUUGAUAAAUUGGAUACAGCUAAGUCACCAGCUAAAUCCAAAGUUAGUGGUAGUACCGACAGACUUGAUAUAUUGAGCGAUCUCAUGGACACAAAAAAGGAACCAGUGAAACCAUUGGAAAGAGGUAAGAGCUCACAAUCGCUACUGGACGAUAUAUUAGGAGGGCCACCGCCUAAAACUAGCUCAAGUCAGGCUACGCGACCAACGACAGCAGCAAAGAGUGAUUUUGACUUGGAUUCUUUCAUUGGAAAGAGUGAAUCAAGACAAACAGUAGUAUCUUCAUCAACCAAACCCGCUCAGAAAAAGACCAAAGUCGAUCCCCCAAAAGAAGAUACAAAGAAAACAAAAUCGAGUGAGGACUGGCUUGGUAUAUUUCAGAACAAAGAUAUGGAAAAUGAAGAGGACGACGAUGCUAAUAUGCCGGCGUGGUUAGUAGGAGACACUAAAAAGAAGAAACCAGACAAUUCAAAGAAAUCUAUAGAACCUCCAUCUAAAGAGACUACAAAAGUUGAGAGGGAAAUUGAAGCGGCUGCGGUUCCAAGUAAAUCCGAAGAUCAAAUAGCCAAUGAGCAGACGGCUAAAGUUACACUAUCCAUGCCUUCUCUACCAGCGAUGCCCACAAUUGGGACGCCCGCAUUGCCCAGUGUACUUCAAGGUAGCAACGAAGAUAUUACUGCGGAAGGCGCAGCAUUGUAUUUGGGGCAACAGGAGUCUCAGUUGAUGCUUGCGCUACAGUUGAAAGCACAGGAGGAAAAGCUUGUUGCUAUGCAGAUGCGUCAGAAAGAAACGCACCGCAUCCAACGCGAGGCGACUCUGGCGCAACACGCUCAGGUGGACGCUAUUUUGCAGAGACAAGCAGAACAGAGGCGGCAGAUGCAGGCUAUUAUAGCUACCCACCAGGAACGCAUCACGCAGAGGAUAAAGGAAUUACUAGGUACAAGCACCACUAAUCUGAACAGCGAAGACCAAGUGGAUACCCCCGAAGAUGGUCAGGACUACACUCCAACAGAGAGGAGGGAGAGUCCCCAUACCAAGGAGAAGAAACAAUUACUACAACUCGUACAGUCUUUGCAAGAAAACCAUGAUAAAGAAAUUGAUUUGAUGGAAACUUCUUAUAGAAGGCAAUUAGCCUUUUUAGAAGUGUCUGUCAAUCAGUCAGAAGAGAGGAUGAAGGAAGAAAGCGAUAAAUUGGUGAAAUUCUAUACAGAGAAGAUAAACUGGCUAGAUGAACAUCAUCAACUGUAUAAGAAAAUGACUGAAGAAAACUUGCUGUCUCUCACUGAACGACAUAAGACUGAAAAUGAGAUGCUACGUCAGCAACAUUUAGAAAAUAUCAAAGUUUUACAAGAACAUCACGCGGCGUUGAUGGAAAAUAUAAAAAAUGCAGUGAAACAGGAACAGGUUCUGAUUCAGGAUUCAGCCGGCUUCUCUGCAGAUCUUCAGGAACUGGUUACAGACGUAAAAGAAAGUAAAUCUCAGUGCCAAUUAUUAGUAGAAAAGGUGCAAAAGUUAGCUGAACACACACAACGCGAUACCGAACGAAGCUUACAGGCUAGGGAGUCUCAAGUUAAUGAUAUGAUUCAACAUUUGAAGAGAGAGCGAGAAAACUUCGAAACAGAAAAAGCCGAAAGCAGAGAUAUGGUCAAAAUGUUAGAGACGAGGUUGAAACAGAUGACAGCGAUGAUCGAAGAAGAAACCGCAGCCCUGAAGCAAAAGAAAAUGGAAUUCGAAUUUGAUAGAGCGACGUUUGGUAAACAAACUGAAUUUGCUAAGAAUGUUCUUAAGAAACAAGAUGAUGAAAUAAAGAUGCUAAAAGAGGACAUCCAAAGGGAGUAUCAGGAGAAAAUUGCCAAAAUAGAUGAAGAAAAAGCAAAGGCACUAAAAGAUAGUGCAGCGAUUGCAAAAGAAAAAGCUUCUAUUCAAAAUCUGAAACAAGAAUUAGAGAAAACGAAAGCAGAGCUGCAAGCUCAAUUAGAAGAAGUAAGUGAAGAGAGGUCGAGAUUAAACUUAGAGAAGCAACAGAUGCACAUGGAAGAACAAAGAAUACUGGCUAAGAGUCGUGAUCUAGAUUUACUAGCAAAAACUGCGAUAGAGAAACAGACUCAAGCCGACAAAAAACAUUCAGAAGCCGAAUUUAUUCAGAAAAAGUACGAAGAUAGAAUAAGGCGUAUGCAAGAACAUGUGGUAUCUCUGAAUGCCAGAGAGAAACAAAUUGCUAAGGAAAAAGUGGCUCUUUCUAGAGAGAGACUGAGUCUUCACAAUGAAAGAAAACAAAUGGAGAGCAGGCAGCAUUGUUCUUUAUGCAAACCCCCUCAAAAUGUCCCCAGCUACAAUUUCGAGCCAAAUUUUACACUUCCUGAGACAUUUCUAAAUGUACCUGUGUCAAGAGACUACAUUGGUACAAGUGCUAAUUACGCCAUGAAUGCCAUAGAACAGGAGAUGGCCAAUCUCAUAGGAAGGAAUUUUGGUCUGAGACAUAGCACUGGUGUAGGUAACGUAGCACAUGAAGACAAAUAUGUACAGGAUAGAGAUACUAUAGGAGACAAUUUCCAGCAAACUACACAAAUGGAAUCGGGUGUAUUUAAGGAUUACAUGGACCCCAAAUUCAUGAUGUUGCGUUUGGAUGUGCAACAAGUUCUAAGCAAUUUGGACCAAACGAAAAAAGAAGACGAAGACAAAGACGACCAACAAAGUGAGAAAGAUUAACUUGUGUUCAUUUAUACCUUCGA